AUGUGGGUAAUUAAGAAGUAUGUCAUAACAAUAAUCAAUGUUCUUAAGGAGAAGCCUUUCAAACCGUCGGAAUCAUGCGAAGUAAUAAUUCGACAAAAAUAUGACAAAACGAUAAAGAAAUACGCAGUAUGGUAUUAUGGCCUCGUUCAAGUAACAGUCAUAUGCAUAAUUUUAAAUGCUAUUUUUAUGGAUUUUAUGGAAGGAAACUUGACAUACAAAGCAUGGGUGCCAUUCGACUACACAUUACCUAUUAUAUUUUUGUUAAUAUUUACUCAUCAAAUAAUAGGCAUGUCAAUCUGUGCGGCUGUAAACGUUGCCUGUGAUAGCCUGAUAACCGGACUCCUGCAGGAAAUCUGCUGUCAGUUCGAGAUUCUGGAAUAUCGAUUGACGAAAAUCUUACACGAAAAACAUAUUCUUCACGAUUGUGUACGUCACCACAAUCGUAUAUAUGAAUACGCUCGUAUAGUAAAUCGCAGGUUUGCGAAAAUAAUUGCUCUCCAGUUCGCAGUAAGCAUGCUAGUAGUGUGUGCUAAUUUAUAUAAAUUGGCUGCUAUUUCUCUCUUGAUGAUUAAUGGAAGCCUUGUUACACUAAUACUAUAUACGGCCUGCAUGUUAUCACAGAUCUUCCUCUAUUGUUGGUUUGGAAAUGAACUCAAAUUAAGAAGUACCAAAGUAGCAAACAGCAUAUACAAUAUAAAGUGGCAGGAGCUUGAUAAUGAAAAUAAAAAAUCUCUUCUGUUAAUUAUGAGACGUUCAAUGAUUCCCAUUGAAUUUAAGAGCGCGGUUGUCAUUACAUUAAAUCUUGACUCGUUUGUAGUUUUACUUAAAACAUCGUAUUCGGCUUAUAAUAUAUUAAAACGCGCUCAGCAAGGUUGA